CUGGACUACCAUUAAUUUCCAAAAGCCUUUGGAAGAAGGACUAAAUGCAACGGGGGCAAAUUGUCUGUGGGAAUGAAGUGGUUGGGAGAAUCCAAGAACAUGGUGGUGAAUGGCCGGAGAAAUGGAAGCAGGUUAUCUAAUGACCACCAUCAAAAUCAGUCCAAAUUACAGCAUUCUGGGAAGGAAAAUCCAAAGACUGGCAAAAAUGGAGUUGAGAGACGGUCCAGCAGAUGUAGUGGUGGUUCGGGAUUUGAGGGCCAAAGUCGCUACGUGCCUUCUUCUGGAAUGUCUGCCAAGGAGCUAUGUGAAAAUGAUGACCUAGCAACUAGUUUGGUUCUUGAUCCAUAUUUAGGCUUUCAAACACAUAAAAUGAACACUAGCCUGAGGUUUCGACCAAUAAAAGGAAGACAGGAGGAACUGAAGGAGGUGAUUGAGCGUUUUAAAAAAGAUGAGCACUUGGAAAAAGCCUUCAAGUCCUUGACGUCAGGUGACUGGGCCCGGCACUAUUUUCUUAACAAGAACAAAAUGCAGGAAAGGUUGUUCAAAGAACAUGUAUUUAUUUAUUUACGAAUGUUUGCAACUGACAGUGGAUUUGAAAUAUUGCCAUGCAAUCGAUAUUCAUCAGAGCAAAAUGGAGCCAAAAUAGUUGCAACAAAGGAGUGGAAACGAAAUGACAAGAUAGAGUUAUUAGUAGGCUGUAUUGCUGAACUCUCUGAACUAGAAGAGAACAUGUUGCUCAGACAUGGAGAAAAUGACUUCAGUGUCAUGUAUUCAACACGGAAAAACUGUGCUCAGUUGUGGCUUGGUCCAGCUGCUUUCAUUAAUCAUGAUUGCAGACCCAACUGUAAGUUUGUUUCAACUGGCCGGGACACAGCAUGCGUGAAAGCUUUGCGAGAUAUUGAACCUGGGGAGGAAAUUUCUUGCUAUUAUGGAGAUGGCUUUUUUGGAGAAAAUAAUGAAUAUUGUGAAUGCUACACAUGUGAAAGACGUGGAACUGGUGCUUUUAAAUCAAGAGUGGGACUGCCUGCACCUACUCCUGUGAUCAAUAGCAAAUAUGGACUCAGAGAAACAGAUAAACGUUUAAACAGGCUUAAAAAAUUGGGUGAUAGCAGUAAAAAUUCUGACAGUCAAUCUGUCAGCUCUAACACUGAUGCAGAUACCACUCAGGAAAAAGCUAAUGCAACUACCCGCAAAUCUUCAAUUGGUGUAAAAAAGAGCAGCAAGAACAGGACAUUAGCCAGGCAGUCUAUUUCAAGAAUUCCAACUUCAUCAAAUUCUACCUCAUCCAGACUAACUCAUUUAAAUAAUUCCAGGGUACCAAAGAGACUGAAAAAGCCUGCAAAGCCUUUACUUUCAAAGUUAAAGUUGCGAAAUCAGUGCAAAAGACCAGAACAAAAAAAUGCAUCUAGAAAACUCGAAAUGGGAAAUUUGGUUCUUAAAGAACCCAAAAUAGUUCUGUAUAAAAAUUUGUCCAUUAAGAAGGAAAAAGAAACAGAGGGACCGGUAAAAGUUGCAGUGUCUAGUGGCUGCUUAACAAGGCAUGCAGCGCGAGAAUAUAAAUUAAAUUCAGUGAAAGGUGCUCAUGAACCUGGGGAAAUAUCACCCUGUACAUACAUAACACGGAGGUCAAUGAGAACACGAAUGAAUCUGAAAGAGACCUCUGACUUAAAGCUUGAACCAAAUAUGCUAAACAGCUAUAAAAACAGUUUGACAGGCAUGCGAGCCAAUAGCUUGGAACAGCAGUCUCAUGUGAUUCUGGAGAGUGAGCAAUCUCUCAUGGCAACACAGAAGGCAGAGGGGAGGUGUCAGAAGAGUGAAAGAGUUGUGGCCAAAAAGAAAUCUCGACAAGGGAGACUGGUGAAGCCAUUGGCAAAAAUGGAAGAAACGGAUUGUGCGCAUACAUUGACUGGCGAAGAUAAAUUGCCAGAUUUGAUCAGUUCACAUUCUGAGCUAGGAGAGAUAAACAGUGUAAUGGAUUCAGCCAUAGGAUAUAAAGACUGUAUUCCUGCAUCUGGUGGCUGUUCCAUUGUAACUUCUGACACUUUCAAAGUCAAAGAGCGCUUUAGAACUGCAAAAAGUAAAAAGAAAAGGCGAAUCACAAGGUAUGAUGCACAACUCAUUCUUGAAAACAGCUCUGGGAUUCCCAAACUUACUCUGCGAAGGCGGCAUGAUAGUAACAGCAAGAGUAAUGACCAAGAAAAUGAUGGAAUGAAUUCUUCAAAAAUAAGCAUCAAAUUAAGUAAAGACCAUGAGAAAGAUAAUAAUUUAUAUGUAGCAAAGCUUAAUAAUGGGUUUAACUCAGGAUCAAGUAGUAGUUCAACAAAAUUAAAAAUACAGCUAAAACGAGAAGAAGAAAAUAGGGGAACGUAUUCAGAUGACCUUCAUGAGAACGGCGUGUGUUGCAGUGAUCCUCUUUCACUACUAGAGUCACGAAUGGAAGUGGACGAUUAUAGUCAAUAUGAAGAAGAAACUAUUGAUGAUUCUUCAUCUUCAGAAGAAGAGGAGGAGGAAGAUGAAUAUGAUGAUGAUUUUGAGGAUGAUUUUAUUCCUCUGCCUCCAGCUAAACGUUUAAGGCUUAUAGUUGGAAAGGAUUCAAUAGACAUUGACAUUUCUUCCAGGAGAAGAGAAGAUCAGUCUUUAAGGCUCAAUGCAUAAGCUUACAGGUCUUAAACUGAAGAUGUCCAUUUUUAAAAAAAACAAAAUUCCAGACAAUUAUUCUUCAACUGAUGAACUUUCUCAAAAUGUUAGUGGAAGCACUUCUUUAUUGUUUGUUCACUUAUAUCAACAUAAUAUUGUAGAAAGUGUACAGCAUAUUGACUCCUUAAGUCAAGUUGUGCAGAUUUUUAUUGUACUUUUUAAUAGCCUUCUUAUGUGCAAUUCUGAGUUAGAGAAAAUGCUCUAUUGUAAAAUAAAGGCUCAAGCAUAAUUACAAAAAUGCCAUCAGAUUUUUCCAUGAAGGAUAAUUAAAUCACAAUAAUGUGGCUAAACAAUUUUUAAUCUGUCAAGAGCGUUAUUUUGCUCUUACAUCUGACUAAAUAAUCUAAAAGAAAUCAUAGUAGCGGCCUAUUAAGGUUUCCUAGUAUGUUAAUAUCACCAGCAAUGAAAUACAGCUUUUCCGUUUAAUUGCUAGAUGUUUUCCCCUCUGAAGUUUGUCAGUUUUAACACUGUAUGCUGUCCCCAGACGUACUGUUUGUGGCCUUUGUUAUAGUAGCAAACCGUUGGUUUGAAGUCAAAUUGAUUUCUUAAAAAAAGGUGUUGACAGUUUGCUGACUUUUAGUACAUUAUAUGUACAAGAGUAGCAGUAUGCAGAAUACAAGUUUGGAUGGUGUAUUUAUUUCUUGUUAUGUAAAUUAAAACACCUUGUAUUUAACACUUUUUCAAUACUUUUAGAUAAAAUUGUUCUUUGCAAGAAUGA